AGAAGAUCGCUCUUCAUAUUUUCCGAGGCCGCGCCGACACGGACGGCAUGCGUGAAAAUUCUUCGCAGCCUGUGGUUUGAGAGAUCAAUUUUGACGCUGAUAUUGAUCAACGCAUUGUUUCAGGCCUUUCUAGACUACAGAGACCCAGCGGGGUGGGCGACGAGAUUUGUGGAAAACACGGAGCAUGCCUUCACGUUCUGCUUUCUAGUGGAGCUGGCCAUCAAGGUGAUCGCACUUGGCUUCAUACUCGACGAAAAGAGCUAUCUCCGAGACCCAUGGAGUUGGCUUGAUUUUCUCGUUGUGCUGUCCGGUCUCAUCAGCUUUUUGUUCUCGUCGUUGCUGGACGAAGGAGGUGGUCUCAAUGUGAUCCGAACUAUUCGGAUCCUCCGGCCUCUGCGUGGCUUCUCAAAGCUCACCGGCUUGAAGGCAAUCAUCAAGACCUUCCUUCUGUCACUUCCUCGCCUGGGCAACGUCGCCGGCAUGUUCGUCUUUCUUCUCAUAAUUUUUGGCAUAGUUGGUCUCAACUUCUACGGCGGCGUGCUACAUCGACACUGCAGACUAACACCGACGCCAGUGGUUAUGUACAGCUCCUCGGGUCUCACCGUUCCCAACGGCAUCCUAGUACGGCAGCAUUUAUCGUCCGAGUACCGAUACGGAUUCGACGUGGACCCGGUCUAUUCUGCUUCGGCAGCAUCGAACGCAGCCAUAAACGUUUUUCAUACCCAUGAGAACAGCGAAGCUAUAAUUCAGCGAUUCUGCCCAGUGGGAUCACCCUGCCACAGGGCAACGAGUGCUGAGGGUCGUGUGUUCGUUUUUUGGCCCGUGGCCGAUGGUGGCGCAGACCUGGAGACUGGUCGGCAUUACCCUGAGGAUUUCUCUGUUGGAACCUGUGGCGGACGCAGCUGUCCUGCAGACGACGAGUCCGUCAUAGCGAUGUUUUCUCACUAUCACUCUACUAGCGCUGUCGUGUCCUCUCAAUCAGCUGCAAGUCAGCUCGUUACUUCCGGCUACAGCUUUUCAGCGGCAGGUGAGGAAGCACCUGCGACGAGCAGCACAGCCGACCUCCUCAAAACCGUGGCAUCUCCUAGCAGGAGUACUGCAUCAUCAUCAGUAACGACAUCAUCGAGUCCCUCUACACACGCGCGACUUCCCCUUUUCCCCUCUCUUUCUCAGACCACUUUGGCGCCGGCAGUUCCGCCAACUAAUCCCACGUUGGCAUCUACUGCAUCUGCAGCGUCGUCUUCUACUACAUUAGCCGCUACCUCCACGCAUUGCGGAUCGAUGACACGUGGAGACCUCGAGUAUGGUUUCACUCGACAGAUUCCAGUUUUGAUGGAUUUACUGCGCUUUGGGACUGACAAAACUGAAGAGCAGCAGGACAAGAAAGCAGCCUUCCUGUCUUGGCCUUCCCUAGGGGAUGACAACUUUCCCCCAGAAUUAGAGAUCUCAGAACCCUUCAAACCCCACACAGAGGACUACAACUUCGGCGUAACGCAUUUUGACCAUCUUGGCGGCGCCGUAAGUUCGAUUUUUCAAUCUAUCACGCUGGAAGGUUGGGUCGUAAUCAUGUACUUGUUCGAGGACUCUUACAACAGAAAUUUCUCGCAGUUGUACUUUUUUCUACUCAUCGUCCUGGGUGUUUUUUUCAUCUUGAACGUAACGCUUGCGAUCGUCUUCGACGCAUUUUCUAGCCUGCAAGAAAAAACCGGCGUUAACAACACACCAGACGGCAGUCACGCCGAUGUAAAAGUCGGCGGAAACGACCAUGCGGACGGUGGUGCAAGCACCAACCAUUCAUCCGAAACUUCACUAGGUAAGAGGUCGAACAAAACUGGAGGUGCGGGAUCCUCCUCCGCAGGCUCGACAGUGCGAUCAGGAGAAGCAGCGUCAAAUAUCAGUUUAGCAGGCACUAGUGCAAGCCAAGCGCUCCUUUCAUCCGCGGCUAAUGCAGGAGCUGCAGGGCAGAAAAAAUCUGAGGGAGAUCCGAAGACCGAAAAGUCAGCAAAAAUUGGUGUCAAAAAUAUAGUGUUAGCGCCUGGAGGCACUGCCGCUUCGGGUACUCAAGGGACCACGAAGCAGGACGUGAAUGCGACGAUUGUCCGCGGUCCUCGGAGUCAAGUUUAUCUGGCAGAUCCUGAAACUUUGGGGGAUCAGCAUAGUAUCGCUUCCGGCACUCUCGGCACUACUACAGCCGAGGAAGGUGAUGUGACGUCUACUUCUGCUGAAGAACAGCAAGACCAAGGAGUAGAACGACGCAAGUCUGCAGCUAGCAAAGUUGCUAAAAAAGUCGUCGCUUUUUCUACGACAGAAAGUAGUGCUGAGGAGAACCCCAAGAAUGACAAGGAAAAGCGAAUGAGGAGUCCAGGCAGCAGCCCAGCCAGUUCGGGCGACACACACGCGACUUCUACAGGCGCCGGCGCUGUCAUGCUGGUCUAUCCGAUAUCAUCAUCAGCGGAAGAUAGUGUAGAUGCGUCGACAAAAGGCGGCCUUGGUGAGGGCGUGCUAGACGGAGAUAAGGUGACAAAACGAGGCAGAAAGAGGUCAUUGUCGGACUUCUCACCGAGUCGCGCUGCACGAAACUACAAAAUACAUCCGCACCAGCUGAUGCAGAAAUCCAGUUCUGCAGUCGGUACUGGGCUGAGCCAACUGAACAAGCGCUACAAUCAGUUGCUUGCGGACGACAGUCACUGGGGGCACUUCCGUAGACGUGUCUUUGAUCUCACCGACCUAGAGACGUUCCAGUUGACGAUUUUGUUUUUCAUCGUCGCAAACGUGAUCACAUUGUCGUUGGACGACUAUCCAGCGAGGCCCAAGCAGAUGAUGGACGUCCUGCACCUUUUCAACCAUAUCUUCUUCGGCGUUUUUGUCGUGGAAGCGCUUUUGCUGAACAUUGCGAUGGGACCGAAGCUGUACUGGACGUCAUUGCUCACAGCUUUCGACGGCCUGAUUCUGCUUGCCAGCUGCCUGGAGAUCUUGUGGAAGAGCGACAAGGACAGUCCACCGGCCAUGACAGCGCUCAGGGCACUUAGAGUUUUUAAACUAGCGAAAAACAUGACGAAUUUUCGGCUUUUGCUCAAGUCAAUCUACGGCACGGUAGUCCAGAUCGGAAACUUCGUCCUGCUCCUGGCGUUGAUGAUCUACAUUUUUGCUUUGGCCGGGCAAAAUUUCUAUGCCACAAUGUUUGUCUUCCAUCCGGCGUCAGGCAAGUUUCUAUCCGAAUGUGCGCCUCACCGCAACUUCCUAGACAAUCAAGCUUACUGUGAGGAACUUUGUGGAGGACCAGACCUACCGAGCUGCUCGAGUCGCGCCAAUUUUGACGUCUUUCUGUGGGCAUGCGUGACCGUGUUCCAAAUUCUUACAGGGGAAAAUUGGAAUGCUGUUUUCUACGACGCGAUGAAAGCCAAAGCAGGUUUUGCAACGAUUUUGUACUUUUCUGUGGUCGUGUGCGUCGGGAAUUUCGUCAUUCUAAAUGUUUUUCUAGCCAUCUUGAUGUGCAAUUUCGAGCAGCAGAGCGAGCUUGCACGCCAAGAGGAGGCCAAAAACAAGGAAACGCGGGCAGCCCGACGCAGGUCGUCACAGCUGUUGACCAGCAAUGCUCUUCCCACACCAGUAGGAGCAGGUCGCGGUGACUCCGGGACGUCUUCCUCUUCGCCUCCAAAGACCCACUCCUGGACCGGAGUCUUAUCCCUCGCGAGCAUCAACUUACAUGGCAUUCAACGCAUGUCUUUUAUGAGCGCUGGGAAGUCACGGAGCUCGUCCAGAAUAAAGCUACCGGACAUAGAGGAAGACGACCAACAAGAAGCAGAUGUUGGCGAAGGGAGCAGUACGACAGGGACCAAAGCAGGUGCCGAAAUCUUAGUGAACAACGAAAAGCCCAAAAGUAUCGCUGCUGCCGGCAAUGCAGCCUUGCAACCGCUGACCCUACAAGGUGCUAGCGCGAGUACAACAGGUCCAAAUUUGAACGCUGGCAAUAUGGCCUCAAGCACCAAGCUUCUCGGCGUUCCAGCUAGUAAGCCGGCACCAAACCGCCAGGCUGCAGAGGUGACGCCGUCGAACUCUCCCCCUGUGUCCGAAUAUUUUCCUUUUAGCCCAACCACCGUGGCGUUGCGGACGGCGUCCUUGUCUUGUCAGGAGUGGCUUUGGUCGAUGUGGCGUAACGCGCGCCGCUGCUUGCGCAGACGGCGAAGAGCGUUUCGGGCGUGGAUCGAGGAUCUUCGCAGUUGCACCUUGCGUGAAAAUAUUACACUUUUGGUCCUCCACCCAUCGUUUGAGCAGACCUCGAUGUUGUGUAUUUUGCUCUCCUGCAUCCUGAUGACAUGGCAGAAUCCACUGGCAGAUCCAACAAGCGAGACACAAGAGUUUCUCUCUCGCGCCAGCCUCGGUUUCACCGUUAUCUUCACGCUCGAGUGCCUUCUGAAAGCAGCUGCGUUCGGCCUAUGGCGCUUGCCUAUUUUGACGAACCGAUACGUCGUGGGGCCGAACUACUACGAGGAGAAGAAGCGGAGAGCCGAGAUGCGAAAACAGCGGGAGAGUCUAUGGAAGCACGUCUCUCCACGGUUUAGAGCAAGUGUGUCAAGGACGACGGAGCGCGCCGCUGACACCUGGAAAAAGAAUUCAGUCGAGCGCAACAAAAAAAAAUGUCCUGAUGCACCUAGUUACUUCAGCACCAGAGACCACGACCAAACCACAUCGAGUGUUUCUACAAACACGAAUAACACGAACUAUAGCACGAAGAAUCCAGCAGUGGACCCAAAUCGACCUGCCGGUGCGAUCGAAGAACUGCCAGAUUGUAGGAGAGUGCCUGACCUUAAAGAAUUUCCAUCAGGGACUGAGACUGUGGAAAUAACUAGAAUCACAAGUGAGGCAGCUACUGACAAGAACUCCUCAAAAGCACAGCCAGCGAAGGCAGAUGUUCCCGGUGGUAAAGGAGCAGGACUUGUGAAGCCCUCGCCUCGGUCAGCAUCCAGUGCAACCGUCGACGAGGCGAACGAGAUCCUGAAGGAGGCCGCUGAAAAUAGAGAAAAAGCAGGGCAUGCGCAACAACAACCGGAACGGAGUAGUGCGCGCAAAAGCAGACAGCUGAGCCAGGGGCAGCAGAAUGUGAACCUGAUCGAAAUACAGCGAGAACGGCAACGCGAAGACAUGCAGCGCAAGAAUGACCAGCGAAUACCGUUCUUUCGUAACGGCUGGAACUGGUUAGAUCUGGUUGUUGUACUAGUCGGAUGGAUCACAGAAUUGGCGCCUCAAGCCUCUGCUGUGGGAGGCCUGCGGACUCUGCGUGUCUUCCGGGCGCUUCGACCUCUGCGGCUUGUGUCGCGCAACCCCUCCUUGAAAUUAGUGGUGAACACCCUGCUGCAUUCUCUUCCGGAGCUCGGAAAUCUGAUCAUUGUGGGUUCGAUCGUAUUUUUAGUCUUUGCGCUCUGGGGAUUGACGUACUUCAAGGGCAAGUUCUACAGCUGUCAAGACCGUUUUUUUGCUCCUUUUGAAUUCGAUAAAGAACGCAGGUCGCAGCUGCUACUGGAUCCGUCAGACCG